AAUGUAAACCCGGAAGUUAAUAAGCCUCGUGCAUCACGAAGGAAAAAUGUCUGCCACCAGUGCGAUAAAAAAGCUCAAACCUGUGGUGUCUCAGCCUGAAGAAAAGCUGAACUGGAGGAAAAGGAAAACUGAAUUGAAUGAGCGUAAGAAGGAGUGGAAAAGGGCAAAACUCAUCAAACAAUUAGAAAAGCAGAAACAGCGAGAAGCUGCAGAGAACAGAGCAGCUGAAGAAAGUCAAAGCAACAAAGGCCGAUCUUAUACGGUGAGCGUAGCGCUCCCUGGCUCUGUCCUGGACAACGCUCAGUCCCCAGAGCUACGAACGUACCUGGCGGGACAGAUCGCUCGAGCCUGCGUGGUGUUCUGCGUCGAUGAGAUAAUUGUGUUUGACGAACAAGGGGAAGACGUCCAGAGCGUUGAAGGUGAAUUUAAAGGCGUUGGGAAAAAGGGCCAUGGUUGCAUUCAGCUUGCCAGAAUACUUCAGUACAUGGAGUGUCCACAGUAUCUGCGCAAAUGGUUUUUCCCAGUGCAUAAAGAUUUACAGUAUGCAGGUUUGCUCAACCCUCUGGACAGUCCUCAUCACAUGCGGAUAGACGAAGAGUCAGAAUACCGAGAAGGACGAGUCCUCAACAAGCCGCCCAAACAAGGAAAAGGAUCAUUAGUCAACUGUGGAAUGAGGAAGGAUGUCCGGAUUGAUAAACAGCUGCAGUCAGGUCUACGAGUCACAGUGAAGCUCAGUAAAACACAGAAUCAAGAAAGCAGACUUUAUAAAGGUGUUGUUGUGGCUCCUCAUGUGCCAAGAACUGAAGGUGGUCUUUACUGGGGUUACACUGUCCGCCUGGCAUCCUGUCUCAGUUCAGUUUUCACACAAAGUCCGUAUAAAGAAGGGUAUGAUUUAACUGUUGGCACCUCAGAGAGAGGCACCAACGUGGAUCAAUCAACACUCCCACCAUUCAAGCAUCUAUUGGUGGUGUUUGGAGGACUUCAGGGUUUGGAAGCCAGCGUAGAUGCGGACCAGACCCUGGAUGCAACUGAUCCUAGUCUUUUAUUUGACAUGUACCUCAACACGUGUCCCAGUCAGGGCAGCAGGACCAUUCGAACAGAGGAAGCGAUCCUAAUUUCCAUGGCAGCACUGAGACCAAAGAUCACAGCUGUCUUUUCAGAUGUUUCCAGUGAUUCAUGAACUGAUUAUGCUGGCAGAUGAGUCAUCUGACUUAUGUAUCAAACUUUUAUUUGUAUAACUGUGUAAUGCAAUGGUCUGACUUUGUUUCAAAACAGCCCAACUAAUAAAUUAAUAGACUUGCA